AUGGCACUCCAAUAUACCGCAGAGUUCCUAAUUCAUCUGCGCGAAUCGCCACUAUGCGUCAAGCCCACCAACCUGCCACCCGCUGAGGAAUGGAUGGGACCCCCUCCCGAGAAUGCUCGUACUCAGAACAACAACACCAAGACUCCCGCCGACAGACGAAGCCAUGACAACCCUCUCCUUGACCAGACCAACCGCCGCCCUGGCGUCGACCGCAAUGCCUCGCGAAACAGCGCAAACCCUGAAGAUAUUAUCCUCGGGCCCCCGCGAACCGCCUUCGCUUCUGCCACCCUGCGCAACAAUGGUGGCAAGCCCUUCGAGAACGACAAAGACCCCAAGAACGCCGAAUCCCCUAGCCGAUUCAACUUCCGCAACCGAAACGGAGACACCCCCGAGAGUGACCGAUUCCGCGACUCGAGGAACAGUAACUUCCGUCGCCGCGGCGAUGGUGACCAGGACACUGAUGGCUGGAGCACCGUAAAGCCGCGCAAGAGCUUCGGGCAUGAGGGCGCUGAGCGCUUUCAUGGUCGCAUGGGUGCCGGCGGUGGCGAUAGGCUCCCCAACGACAGGCGAACCCGUGACCGCGAUGUCGAAGGCAGAGAGCGACCUCACCGCAACGCCGACCACCAUGACAAGGAAAAGGACCACGACGACGCCGAGACCCGACCCCGAAACGGUCUCAGCAGGGGCAAGUCGGAGCCGUGGUUCAAGAACGACAACGGCAACAGCAGUAACGAGAAGCCCCCGCUGACCGCUCGCGAGCGCAUUGAUCGUGCCAAGAGCUGGAGAGACCGAGAUAAGGAUGCUGCCCCUGCCGAGGAGAAGCCCAGUGGUCGAAACUACGAGCGCCGUUGGGAGCGCGGCGAUCAUCGCUCCGAGCGCGAGCCCGAAUGGCUUGACGAACCUGCCGGAGAGAAGGCUGGUGGCCACACCGAGGAGGACUUCAAGAAGUUCAUGGAGAGCAUGAAGGCAAGCCGCAGCGGCCCUCCUGCCGACGAAAAGCCGUCAACGGCCGUCGCUGAGGCCGCGAUCAAGGCCGAGCAACCUGCUGUUGCUUCGGCUCCUGCCGUUGAGAUCGGCCCCGACCAAUUCUUCCUCAAGUUCGCUUCGACUGCUGGCCUGGAUGUGGGUUCCCCGAUCGAGCCCAAGAAGGAGACUCCGGCUGCCAAGCCCAAGCCCAGCGGCGGCAAGUCCUCGCGCUUUACCUCCUUUUUCAAUGCUCCUCAGGAGGAUCCAAGCCGCAAGUUGCAUACAGAGCCACCAACUCCUCUUGUCGGCCUGCCAUUCGGAGGCCCCAGCACCUCAGCGCAAGCUCCCGACGGCGAGAAGGAGGCUUUCCAAGCGUUGCUCAUGAAGCUGCAGCGUUCAAACAUUCAAGCCGCUUCCACGCCUCCCGCUGCGCAGCCUUUCCAAGAACCUCCGCCGCAGGCACGCGAGCAGCAUCCUUCGAGCGCCGUUGCGUCACCCGAGCCAUUCCAGCAGUAUGGCGGCGAGCGUCGCGAAGACAUUCGUCCCCGUAUGCCUCAAGGCUCCAUGUCCAUGUCCGACAUCCUAAACCCGCGUCCCAUGCCGCCAAACCAGCAACCCGCUGUUCGCCAAGAUCAGCUGUUGCAAGAGCUCGUUGGACAACGCCACCAGGCUUCUAGCUCGAACUCGGGCAGAAUGGAGCCGAACCAGGGCCGCAACCUCAGUAACACCGAGUUCUUGAUGAACCUGAUGAGAGCUCAGCCCGAGCCUCCUCGCACCGAGCAGCAACUUCUCAUGCGCAUGCCGCAACCUCAGCGUGCUGCCCAAAUCCCCCACGCCCAAGAGCGUGAGCCCGAUUUCAUCCAGGGCGGUCGUGGUUCUCAACGCCCGAUGCGCGGCCAGGCUCCUCCGGGCUUCAUGGACGAAGGAUUCCAUCAUCCCGAGCCUGAGAGCCGCAUGCAACCGACGCAGAUUCUGCAGCGACCUCCGCCGCCCCCUGGCCUUGACCAGAUGAACCCCAACUGGAUGCAAGGCGGUGGACCAAUGCCCCCUCCCCAGCAGCGCUCCAUGAUUCCUCCUCCCGGCCUCGCUGGCGGUCCGGGUCGCAACCAUCCCAUGGGUGGCAUGUUCCCUCCCAACUUCCCUCCAGGAGCCUUCCCUCCUCCCGAGAGCAUGGCCGGGCCCCCGUCCCGUAACAUGCCCCCUCCUCCGGGCUUCUUUGGCGGUCCUCCCCCGCCUGGAUUCAUUCCUCCUCCCGGCAUGCCCGCUGGCAUGCCCGGCUUCCCCGGACCUCCAGGACCCGAGGGUCAUGGAUUCCCUUUUGACGGACGUAUGCCUCCCCCCGGCGCCGCUCAGGCGUUCCGGAGACAGUAA